AUGUUUGUUGAAACGAUCGAUAAGCUCCUUUCUGAAUUCCAGCAACGACUAGGCACGAAAACUAGCAUACCAUGGGGCUGGUUUUUCACAAAACUAGCAACGCUUUUAUCACGUUAUCCGACAGGAGUUACCAAAGCUAUCAUGUUUUCUGAACUGGAAUGCGCUUGGAGAAAGAUCGAAAAACUGCAGGCUAAAGGGGGAAUGCAUUCAGCUGAUAGUUUAAGGUCGAUUGUCUUAUCGAAGCAUCUUUCCCCCCAAGCCGUAUUUGAGGUGUUUUUGAAAGAGGUUAAAAUUGUCGAAGGGACUCACACGCGUAUUGCUGUGAUAGAAGAAUCCAGUGCUGAAUCCAGUUUUACGAUGGAGAUGUACCUUCAUCAAAAGUUAUAUGCAGAAGUUGAUGAGAUAAUGGCUAACGGUUCUAAAUUGAGGUUUACUGGGUGUCGGCUAUUCGACGGCCGCAGGAAGAAGUCUUUGAGGCUGCUCCCAUCUGAAAGUUUUGUUGUGCUCGUUAAUGAUGAGCAUAAUGAGAAUUUUUGCCAAAAUUUUGCUUCCUUGGAGGGUAUGUUUUAACUCGUUAACUUGAAUGUCUGUCUGCCCCCCCUGAAAAUACCUCCCCCCACUCGAAGGUCUGCCCCUCCCUCAAGAAAAUCUCCCCCCACUUGAAAGUCUGCUUGUCUCCCACUUAAUAAAGUUUUCCCCCCACUUGAAUGCCAUCCCUCUGAAAAUUCUCCCCCUAUUUGAAAGGCUGCCCACCUUGAAAAUCCCCCCAUGUAGGAUGGCAUAAACUCACCCUACAUUCCCUAAAACAAUUCUGGUACAUACUGUGUGUGUGCCUCAUGUUUUUAAUACAAUAUUCUUAGGGCUUGAUCAGUUCAGUGAAUCUCAAUAUGUCAGUAGUAUCAUUAAAGUCAAAGUUACUGAGAUCUCUCCACAAGAAUCCAUUCAUUACCAAAAUGGCAAUACUGCAAACAAAAUUACUGUUCUCGUCACUGAUGAUGUUGGAAUUCAAGCGAAAUUCCAGCUUUGGGAAGAGUACUUGGCCAUGGCGAACCUUUUUGAAGAAGGCGACACCCUCUACAUCAAGCGAUGUUUUCUUGUACCAGACGACCUAGAGUGUUUUGUGUUGGAGUAUGGCCCGGAGACGAUCAUUUUUUGUCAACCCCUGGCCCACGAGCAAGAAGUAUUACAGAGUCAGAAAGCCGGCUCAAAACUAUUGUAUGUUGCCAAGGACAACAAGGGAAUGUUAGACUGCUCUAUGUACCCAGAGAGACUUGGUGUUUCUGAGAUAAAACAAAAUAUGACCAAUAUCACACUUGCCGGACAAGUUGUAUCUGUGGGUGGUUGCAAAUUACUUAGAGGAGAGGGGAUUGAUAUGGUGAAAUAUGACCUCAGGGUGCAGGACGAGUCUGGGGUCUGUAGCAUUGUGGUUGUGGAACCAUAUAAAGGUGGUACCGUGCUGUAUUCUGGCCAGUUUGUCCUUAUGAAAAAUCUUCAUGUUUCAAGUAGGUAUUACAGGGUUUGAGAUUGGAAUUUCUUCUUCAAAUCCAUUGUGGAUACAACAAUUUAGGGACCAGUCAACUAUGGUGGCUUGAACUGUAGAACACUACCUGCACUGAACACCAUUAUUAAAAAUGUUUCACUAUUUCCUUAACUUCAGGUGACUACAGUAUGGGGAUAACGAUGGACCUGAACACGGACAAAGAUGGUGACCUCUGGAAUCUUAGUUAUCUUCAAGGAUGGCUGGCAACGUCUUCCCUCUGUACCGUAACCUCACUGGCUUGCCUGGAUCCAGAGUCCUCACAGUUUGUUCUCAAAGGAAUAAUCUCUCACGUACGCUCAAGAGUUAGAGAUGAACGUGUGGUGCGGGUCCAUUGCUCUUGCCGUGGCCAGGUGGUUGAAGACAUGGAUGGGCAGCUUAAAUGUGAAAAAUGUCACACCAAAGGCAUGGCAGAGAUGACUACGCAUAACAAUGCCUUGAAGGUAUGUAUAUAGGCCUCGACAGGGGUGCUGGGAGGGGGGGGGGCAGGUACCCCCAUUGCCCUAACAGUGUAGUAUAGUGUAAACAUAGUCUUUCUUGUUUGUUUACAGUUGUUCAACCUUGAUGGUUUCUGGUGUUGGCAGUACGAUCUUUGCAUCACUAUUAUGGAGUCAGAACAACAGCAGUUACAAGUGAACAUUUCGAACGAAGUAGGAGAGAAAUUACUCCAGUUACCAGCAGCUCAGUUGCGGGCACUGGGUAGUGAUGGUCAGCGCAGGGUAUUUGAGUGCAUGCUAGGACAGGAGUGUCUCUAUGGUUUGUCAAAUUUUAAGGGAGAAUUACUGGUCAGUGCUGUCAAUCAAAUUUAG